AUGCGUGUCUCUGUCCUAGCUGUUUCCCUGCUCUCUGCUGUCGCCGUCAAGGCUGUUGACACCCUCGUCAAAGUCGGAGCUGGCGGGUUGGUCUUCGACCCUUCUAGCAUCACGGCUGCUGAAGGGGACACCGUCACCUUCCAAUGGCAACCGACUGGAAAGAACCACUCCGUCACCGAAUCUACGUUCGCUGCCCCAUGCACACGUCAGACAAUACCAACAGAAGGGGUCGACUCUGGCUUCAUGAUCGCUGGCGCAAACGCAACCGAACUCCCUCAAUGGACGAUCACUAUCGUCAAUGCCUCCGCCCCGCUCUGGUUUUUCUGUGCCCAAACAGCCCCGGUUGACCACUGUGGAUCAGGAAUGGUAUUCGCUGUCAACGCGCCUCCCAGCAAGACGUUCGAACAAUUCCAAAACGCCGCCAAAGCCACUCUAAACAACUCGACUUCAACAGCGACCGGCGCAGGUACUGCUACCACUGGAGGAGGUGCAAGCGCCUCUGGUACCGGCACUGCUCCAGCUACGAGCACAACCGCUAAUGGUGCACUAGAAAUCGGAGGUGGCGCCGCUGGCGUGAUGACAGCAGUCGCGUUGCUCGUUGGUUUGGUUCUUUGA